AUGGCUCCCAAGAAAAGUUCUGCUAAGACUAAGGCUAAGUCUACAUCUAACACUUCUAAGUCUACUUCUGGCCCUGCAACUAGAGGUACUACAACAGCAAGGAAGACAGCAGCAGCACCAAGGAGUGCUCCCAGCAGUGCUGCAGCCAAACCUACCAGCCAUACCACCAGAGCAAAGGCUACUACAUCUACUUUCAGUGCAGCAGAAGCCAAGAAAUUAGAGGCACUCAAAAAGGUUGAAAAGAAGGCAGCCUUAAAGAAAGCGGAAACACAGAAAAAAUGGUGGUUUAUUACAGAAACUAGGAAGAGAACGGCAGCAAUGCUGGCCAAGGAGUCAGCUGACUUUGAGGAGGAGGAUAACCAUGAAGACGGUGAAGAGGGAGAAGAUGAGAGUGUAAUCUCUGCUACUAGGUGGCCAAGGAAGUCAAGGAAGGUAACUUUUGAUUCCAGUGAUGAUGAGGCAGAGGCACCGGCAGAGGACCCUCUGGAAGAGGAUGAAGCUAAUCCCAGCUGUGCUAAGGAUAUCUUAUGUCUAGAAGAUUCUUCUGAUGAAGAACCCACUCCAGAAGAAUCACCUGCAAAUGUUUCAGUGGAAGAUGCUUCUUCAACACAUAUGCUGCAGGACUAUGAGAUCGUCAUCAAGUCUAUCCAUGCUAAUAUCUCUAACACCACUGCCAGCAAGGGUGCUACUAAGGUCACUCUUAAUGAUUUUAAUAGUCCCAGGGCGGCCAAAAUGGAAGAAGUUCAAGCAGAUGAUGAUCUCAAAGGCAAGCUUGUAGCCUAUUGGCCAAGUAAGAACUAUAUUGGCAAUAACCUCAAGGAAGCUGUAGACUGGUUGUUAUUGGAUGAAGUGUUCCUGUAUGACGGUAUAGAUCUGGAGGCCAGGACAUAUGACAAGUCCAGAAUAUGGAUGAACAAUGCAUUCGCUUACUUGAUUGAAGAUACUUUUUGGUCUGUCAAAGGUGACACAGUGAAGAUGGGAAAGAAAGGUAACACCUACUGUUACAGCUAG